UUAUUAGUGAGUUGUUACAAAUUAAAAUUAAGAAGCAUGGAAUUCAUAAGUAAAUGAGACCUUCUCAAAAAUACAGAAGGAUUUGAGGGCAUGACUUUAGAGGCUUAUAAGAGCCUCCAACAGAAACCUAAAGGAGAAGAUCUUUUUGAGCUAGUCACUCCAGACUCAGACACGGAAUCAGAAUCAGCUCUUGAGGGCUCUAUGUGUAGUAAAUGUGAUACUAGUGGGUUGAACAAUAAACAUACUUACGAUACGACUUAUUUGAAGAAGACUAAGUCUUAUUUUAAUGUAGAAAGCCAUGAAAAUGGUGCAGAUAAUAGUUUCAGUGAUAAAUCAUUCAAUAACUUUAUGAAAGCAACUUCUGCUGAUGCUGAUACUGAGCCAAACUCCUGAGCUAAAAUGAUGAGAAGAGAUUCGGAUAAACUUGAGAUGAUUGAUGGAUGAGAUAACUGAAAGUGAAAUAUUACCAAGACUUCUCCUAAGAAAGGAUCAACUUUUUCUCCAGUUGUAAUAAAUGGCUAUCAUCCUGAAGAAAGACCUCUUGAGCAGAAGAAUGAAGAGUUUGGAAUACACUCUUGAGUAGAAAUUCACACUUGCAAUUCCAGAACACCCCAAGAGAUUAAAACCGAGGGAUCUUCAGCAAAGAAGCCUCUGAGACUUAACUGUGACGAUUACAGUAACUUCCACGAGCUUUCAAGUAUUUACGAGAACACAGAGGAGGAGCUCUGAACUCCUGAUCGAGAAUUCAAGAUAAACUUGAAGACUUUACAUGACUACAAGAAGAUACGAAAAGAGAGGGAAAGUCAGCAAUUUUACACCUGCAAAUAACAAAUUUCACAAGAAAUCUAGUUUCAUUCAAAGAAUGAAUGUGGACAUCUGAGAAAGGAAUAUACGUGAUUAUGAGAUCAGACGGAUGUCUAAGUCAAGACCAACAUCUCAGAAGGAACGUAAGAUAUCCAAAAAGAGGGCAAAUUCUAUAUCUAAGCGCUUGAUGAAGGGACGGGAAUGAAGCUUAGAACGCCGAAUAAGGAAUUCGCAAUCUUUUAAAGAGCUUAACCACCCAGUUCAGUUGAAGCCAAGUAAGGAUAAAAUAUCUAAGAAUAUUUUCAAAAGUAAGAGAAAGUCUGUUCUCAAGGAUUAUGUCGUACCACAGAAGACUACUAAGGUUAAGAAAAUGAAAAUUAAAAAGAGAAAUCUACCAAAGCAGAAGGAUUUUAUUAGUAUUAAUAAGAUGCAAAGCUCUCAGAAACCCCAACAAAAGCAGCAGAAGUUAAAAGAGAAGAAAUUACUUCACAAAAAGAUGUUCUUAAAACAGUUAAAAUUGCAAGCAUUAAAACUGGAACAUGAGAUAAAAACUGAAUCGUUAGAACUAAAAUCUUGAACUCCAGAGACGUCAAUCAUGACUCAAAAAGCUCAGAAGGGGAGAAAGUAUUCUAGAUUUGAGCACUCCCCAAAGCCUCAACGAAGAUCUCGUUUGAAGCAUCGGAACAGUAUUGUCUCCUCUAAGAGCAAUACCUCUUCUUUUGUGACUACAGCUACUAAAGUUGGUAAGUCUAGUACUAUCAGUGAUCUGCAGAGCAUAAGCUCUCAUAGGUACAGCCAAGGCCUUUUUAGUAUCCCAAAUUAGCCCUUUUCGUACCCAAAUCCCCU